AAACGGGAGUAUGUUAAAGAAGAAGAGUGACGUGAUAAAUCUGUAUGUAAACGAAAAGUGUUAAAUUGGGCGUCACCGAACGCCGAAGAAGGAUCGAGCUUCAUCGGCAAAGAGUACAAAUGGAAGCACCUCCUUCCCUUAUACUUCGACGUGUCAACUCAACUGCCCAGUUGGUUUUGGGCAUGGACCUCUAUGAUGUCCUGAUAUCCAUAGAAUCCUAUACUUGAGCUGCAACACCUUAUAUAGUGAUUCAAGUGCAUUCAAAACAAUGUCUUUUUCAAUGUGGGUUGGAAAUGUGUAUCAGAAGUUUGGAGCUAUGUGUUUGGGGAUUGAAGAUGCUAUGUAUAAGGACAGUAUAGCUUAUGUUGAAAAUCAAGUGCAAACAGUAGGUGAGAGUGUAAAAAGGUUUUGCUCAGAAAUGGUGCAAGAUUUGCAUCCUGCGUCUCUUUUAGAUCCUGUUGGAGUUGUAUUUGCUGACAUGUCUGUGAAUCCAUAUGCUUACCUCGAGAUUGAGAAAAAGAAGAAAAAGGAAAACAUGAAAGAACAUCAUGUGAAAUCCACAGACGAUACUCAAGUCAUCAAGGGGAGAAGCACACUUGGUGGGAUACACAGACGCCGUAAUGUUGGGACUAUAAAGAGAACUGAAGGCUAUGAUGAUCUUCCUUUAAUGGCAUCUCUACCCGUGACUUCCAAAUCUUGGGAGAGAAAAGAUAUGAAAUCCCCAGUCUGUGAAAUAGGAGAAACGUCGGAGGAAAUUUGUGAUCUUAAAGUGGGUUCCCCUGUUACCUCUAAGUCUUGGGAGGGGAAUAAGAUGAAGUCCCCAGUCUGUGAAAUAGGAGAAACGUUAGAGGGAACGUGUGAUCAUAAGGUGGACUUACCAGUGACUUCUAAGCCUUGGGAGAGUAAUAAUGUGAAGCCCCCAGUCUUUGAAAUAGGAGAAAAGAUAGAGGAAAUCUUUGAUCAUGAAGAGGAUUCCAAUAUGCAAACAACAGGCAUCUCUAUAGGCAAUGUGGCAUCUGAAGUGACAUUAUUGGUUGGAUCACCGGUCUGUGAAAAAGGAGAAAGCUUAGAGGAAUUUUUUGUACCCAAAGAGGAUGAUAAAAUGCAAACAACAGGAAGCUCUAUAGACAAUGUGGCAUCUGAAGUGGCAUUAUUGGUUGGAUUACCAGUCUGUGAAAUGGGAGAAAAAGAAAUCCUUGAUCAUAAAGAGAAUAAUAUUCAAAAACCCGGCAGCUCUAUAGACAAUGUGGCGUCUGAAGUGGCGUUAUUGGUUGGAUCACCAGUCUGUGAAAUGGAAGAAAAUGAAAUCUUUGAUCAUAAAGAGGAUAACAAUAUGCAAAAAACCGGCAGCUCUAUAGACAAUGUGGCAUCUGAAGUGACAUUAUUGGUUGGAUCACCAGUCUUUGAAAUGGAAGAAAAUGAAAUCUUUGAUCAUAAAGAGGAUAAUAAUAUGCAAAAAACCGGCAGCUCUAUAGACAAUGUGGCAUCUGAAGUGGCAUUAUUGGUUGAAUCACCAGAAUGUGAAAUGGGAGAAAAGGAAAUGUUUGGUCAUAAAGUGGAUGCUAAUAUGCAAACAACCGGCAGCUAUAUAGGCAAUGUAGCAUAUGAGGUGACAUUAUUGGCUGGAUCAGCUGGGCGGAAGAAGCAAGAAAAUUUUGGAUGCGCUUCUGCUUUUGAUGGCUCAUCAUCAAUUUCAAGUGGUACACAAGAAGCAGAUAUGCCCAAUUCUACAAUUUGGCUUAGUACAAUAAGUGAUUCAGGAAUAUCAGAGAAUCAUUAUUUUAAGGUAUUAGAUGAGGCAAAUGAUGUGCUUGAGCAAGAAAUUGAUCAAGAUGUGGAGAAAACAUGUGUCUUGGUUGAAGGGGAUGGGCUUCUUCUUCCACAUGGUCUUGCCAAACACAAAUCAUAUAAGACGAAAAUCCGCGAAGCAUUUUCUUCAAAAAAGAGAUCAACAAAGAAAGAAUAUCAGAGGCUUGCAAAACAAUAUGAGCAAGGGUUGGGUAAAGAUUGUGAGGGGAAAAAUGCCACACCUCAGAUUUCUUCAGGUUGGGACUUCCCUGACUCUGAGUGGGAGCUUCUCUAAAUGCUUGUCCAUGCUGCUGCUGCUGCUA